UUUCCUUCCGGAAGUUUGAAAUUCCUGCAACAUAACCUAUAUUCACCUGCGAGGCCGAACGCGUACACGUUUAUCAUACAUUGGACUUAUCAUUCUGAAUCGCACGAGAAUGGGUGGCUCGAAGAAAAGCGCGAAGGCACAGAAAACCGGGCCGGUCGACAAUGCGUGGUCGUUGAAGAUACCAGAAUUUAAAGAAGAAGAUAAUCCACAUCGCCUGCUUGAGGAGAGCUCGUUUGCUACUAUGUUCCCGAAGUAUCGCGAGCAUUAUUUGAAGGAACAUUGGCCGCUAGUUCAGAAAGCGCUGGCCGAGCAUCACGUCAAGGCCGAGAUGGAUCUCAUGGAGGGAAGCAUGACGGUGAAGACUACCCGAAAGACUUGGGACCCGUACAUCAUCAUCAAAGCACGCGACAUGAUCAAGCUCAUGGCUCGUUCGGUUCCGUUUGAGCAAGCGGUGAGAGUUCUCCAGGAUGACAUUACCGCGGACGUCAUAAAGAUAUCCUCUUUUGUCAGGAACAAGGAUAAGUUUGUCAAGCGGAGGCAGAGGCUCAUUGGACCAAACGGGUGUAAUUUGAAAUCCAUCGAGCUGCUCACCAACUGUUACGUCGUAGUUCAGGGCCAAACUGUAUCGGCACUGGGACCUUACAGAGGUGUGCAACAGGUGAGAAAACUGGUGGUGGAUACCAUGAAAAAUAUUCAUCCAGUUUACAGCCUCAAGACCUUGAUGCUUAAACGAGAACUCGCCAAGAAUCCAAAUUUAAAGAACGAGAACUGGGAACGGUAUCUUCCCAAGUAUAGCAGCAAGAACAUAAGUAAGCGCAAAGAACCGAAGAAGAAGAAGGAGAAGAAACCGUACACUCCGUUCCCGCCACCUCAGCAAGAGAGCAAGCUCGACAAGGCAAUGGCAUCUGGUGAAUACUUCCUGAAGGAGGAGCAAAAGAGGGCGAAGAGAAAGAGGGAACAGGAAGCGAGACACGAGGAGGCAACCAAGAAGAGGCAGGAGCGUAGGGCGCAGGCAUUCGUACCACCUGAGGAGAAACCUGUUGAAAGUGAGACUACGAAGACUGACGUGGACAUUGCUGAAAUAAAAAGGAAAGUUCGACAAGGGUUGAAAAAGCGUAAAACGGAAUAAUGUAUACGGGACAUUUUUUAAAUCAAUAAUGUGUAAAGAGAUGUAAAAAGUUAGGUUUUGUUACACAAAUAUAAAUUGACGGAUAUAUCCCGUUACUUUUAUUAAAAAAACUCAUUUUUAUAUAAUUACUGUUAUCGCAUUCUUAACAUAUGUAUAUAUAAUUAUUUUACAUUUGCAAAAUAUAGAGCAGAGGAAAUUUCAGAUCAACAUUUUGAAGACAAAUAUACCUAAAAUACGCAUUUUUCGAUAUUUUUUCCUUACUAAAUAUUUCACAGAAUAUUUCGGAUAUUUUGAAUUACAUGAAAGGGAGGAUUUUAAAAGAAUGUUUAAAAAACUGACCGGUGUCUUCAUCUCUCUUUAAGUUUCUACUUUCAAUUCUGCUUAUUUUUUAACAGGAUAUUUUAUUCCAAGUAUAUAACAUCUUCAAUAUACACCUUGCGCGAUUCGGCGCAAACGCCAUUUCAAAUCUUACGGCAAAAUUAUUGUAAUUUGAAAGUAGCGGAUGCCGAACUGACGCUGGGGAUUAUUUCUCGUUAUCCAAAAUUGCUCUUGUCGGACAAAAUAUUCGCAUUAACGCAUCGUAUUUAUAUAUGACAAGGAUGUAAAUGUUCGUUCAAUGUACAGCGCGCUCUUAUCCUAUCUGCACCACAAUUUCGCUUCUCGAGUAUAAAUUUUCAUAUUACUGGACACACGAAUAUUAACAUUGAUUGGUUACUCGCUAUAUAUAUACUUAAGAUUAAAAAGUCAAGAGUCGCUUUAGUAUCUUACAUUUUUUAUUGAUCUUGGAAGUACGCGACGUUCGUUAAGUUAUAUUAUUAUGUAUAUUAUGUAUAUAUGCCGUGAAUAUAUAUUUAUUUACAGAUA